CAGCAGCAGGGACACAACAGUGGGCGCUGGUGUGAGAGGCUGUUGGCUGGAAGACGGUCUAAGAGCAGCAAAAUAGAGGAACUAGAAGUGAUCAUCAGCGUAAGGGAGGACACGGGAAGUUUCUUUGGGCUGUUUUGCAAGUUCAUGCCGUUUCUGCAAAUAAGAAACUGACUCUGAAACAGGAACACGAAAGCCUGAGGCGUUCACUGAUAAAAGAUGGGGGACAAGAAACAUAAAGUUGCUCAUGUUGUUGAAAACACAAAGGUGAGAGUUCUUUAUGAAACUGAAGCAUCAAACGGGCCCGACGACAAAGCAAAUUACCCUCCAGCUGGAACCAACUCCAUCUACUCUGCCAUUCUAAGCCGAAACGAGGCCAUCAAGGAUGCAAAGCGUCUCAAGACUUUCUUGGAGCUGCGAGACAAGUACGUGAAGAAGAAGGUCGUGUUCGAAGACCCCCUGUUCCCUGCUGACGACUCCUCGCUCUUCUACAGUCACAAACCGCCCAUGAAGUUUGAGUGGAAACGUCCAUCGGAAAUUUGUGAAAACCCCAAGUUCAUCAUAGACGGAGCCAACAGGACAGACAUCUGUCAAGGAGAAUUGGGUGACUGCUGGCUGCUCGCCGCCAUCGCCUGUCUGACGGUGAACGAGAAGCUGCUGUACAGAGUGAUUCCUCCGGAUCAGAGUUUCACGGACAACUACGCCGGCAUCUUCCACUUCCAGUUCUGGCGUUAUGGCGAAUGGAUCGACGUGGUCGUGGACGAUCGCAUCCCGACCUGCAACAACAAGCUGGUUUUCACCAAAUCGUUCAGGAAGAACGAGUACUGGAGCGCUCUUCUGGAAAAAGCUUACGCCAAGUUGCACGGCUCUUAUGAGGCACUUAAAGGGGGCAACACUCUGGAGGCCAUGGAGGAUUUCACGGGAGGAGUUACCGAGUUCUUCGAGUUGGCCGAGGCGCCCAAAGAGCUCUACAGCAUCAUGAGGAAGGCGCUGGAGCGAGGCUCGCUGAUGGGCUGCUCCAUAGAUAUUUUUUCAGCGGCUGAACUGGAGAGUCGGACUGACCAGGGGCUGGUCAGAGGUCACGCCUACUCCAUCAUCGGGCUGGCGGAGUGUGACGAGGUUGCAAAGGAUACCAGGAUUCGCCUGAUUCGCUUGCGUAACCCCUGGGGCUUUGUGCUGUGGAAGGGACCGUGGAGUCCAAACUCAAAGGAGUGGUCGACCAUUUCCACCGCAGACAAGGACAACCUAAAAAAACAGACGGUGGAGACGAGUGAGUUCUGGAUGUCUUUCGAUGACUUCAAGAAGAACUUCACAAAGCUGGAGAUGUGUAACUUGACCCCCGACACCCUGCAGGGUGACGAAAGGCACAGCUGGACGGUGUCGGUCAACGAGGGUCGCUGGGUCAGAGGCAGCUCUGCUGGCGGCUGCAGGAACUUCCCACAAACGUUCUGGACGAACCCUCAGUACCGGCUGCAGCUGUACGAGGAGGACGACGACCCGGAGGACGGGAAGAUGGAAUGCACCGUCGUCGUGGCUCUGAUGCAGAAAGGUCGAAGGAUGCAGCGCCAUCAAGGGGCCAAAUUCCUCACUAUUGGAUUCUCCCUCUACGAGGUGUCGAAGGAGAUGUGUGGACAGAACCAACACCUGCAGAAGGACUUCUUCCUCUACACGGCCUCCAAAGCUAAAUGUAAGACGUACAUUAACCUGCGGGAGGUGACGGAGCGGAUCCAUCUGCCCCCCGGGGAGUAUGUCAUCAUCCCCACGACCUUUCAACCCCAUCAAGAGGGAGAGUUCAUUCUCAGGGUCUUCUCUGAGAAGAAGAACACGUCCGAGGAGGCGGAGAACACGAUCAACUCUGACCUGCAGCAAGACCAGAUAAAGAAAGAAAAGCCUAUUGUAUUUGUGUCAGACAGAGCGCGAGCCAACAAAGAAAUCGAGCACGACGGCAUUCGUGGGGAGAAGAAGAAGAAACCGAAGCGAAAACAACAGGAACCUGAGGAGGAGACCGAAGAGGAAAAACAGUUCAGAGCAAUUUACCAGCAGAUAGCUGGUGAGGACAUGCAGAUCUGUGCCAACGAACUCAAGAUGAUCAUGAAGAACGUACUCUCCAAACAUAAUGACGUAAAGACAGACGGUUUCAGCCUGGAGACGUGUCGCAGUAUGAUCGCCUUGAUGGAUACUGACGGGACAGGGAAACUGAACCUGCAGGAGUUCAAACACUUGUGGAAAAAGAUCAAGGAGUGGCAGCUGAUCUUCAAACGAUACGAUAACGACAAAUCUGGCUCCAUCAGCAGUUUUGAGAUGAGGAACGCUGUUAAUGAUGCAGGGUUUCACCUCAACAAGCAGCUUUACGACAUCAUAGCGAUGCGCUACGCAGACGAACACCUCAACAUCGACUUUGACAGUUACAUCUGCUGCUUUGUGAGACUAGAGGGAAUGUUCAGAGCUUUUAAUGCUUUUGAUAAAGACGGAGACGGAAUAAUCAAGCUCAACGUCCUGGAGUGGCUUCAGCUCACCAUGUAUUCAUAAAUCAACAUCUUGACCGCUGAUGUAGCCGCAGACGGUUGGAGAUCAUGUUCAUCACUCAGCUCUCCUGGACGGCCUCUAAAUGUUUUUAUUUUUGCACAGAUUUUGGGAUUACAACAAAGUCUUGUGUUCACAAAUCAGACGUUUGAAGACUUCUCUAGUUUUUAUGUCAAAUUUAGAUUUCAUCACUCAGACUGUGAUGGUUUAGAUCAAUUCUAUUUUAUCUUAUUUUUAUGUGACUGACAUAAAGGGUAUCUUUGGUAUUUUUAACCUGGACUCUAUUUCCCCAUGUUUUUGUGUCUAAGUGUCAACAACUUUUUACAGUUUUUCUCUAUCGCUUUGGCUCAAUUCUUGAAUUACAUUUUUUUUUUUUUCAAAACAAUAAAUUCAAACCUCUAAACAGUUAGUUUGUUGUUCACAACAGAUUUUAAUUUCUCAUUCAUUCAAGCAAAUUGCACAUGUUUUGGCACAUGUGCAAAGAGUCAGUACAAUAACCACUUGCACGUCUUUCUGAUCAACCCUGCAGAGAAAUAAAACCUUUUUCUUACCUUUGG